AUGCUGAUUUCAUGGAACAUUAGGGGGCUGAAUAAAGCUGGCAAACAAAGAGAGAUUUGCUCCCAUCUCAAUGAUUUGAGGCCAGGCAUUUUCAUUUUGAUUGAAACUCGUGUGAAGCAUCAGAAAGCCAUCAAAAUUAGGGAUAACAUGAGACUCUAUAAAUGCUUUCUGGAUAACUACCAACACCAUGACAAUGGGAGGAUCUGGAUAUGCUGGAAUUCUACCAACUACAAAAUUCAGAUGGUAAAGAGCUCUAGCCAAUUCAUACACUACAGAGUGGAGAGCAUAGAUGGUAAGAUGUGUUUUGAAAUGAUUGUUGUUUAUGCUAUGAAUACUAUUGAGCAAAGGAAACUAUUGUGGAAAGCUAUUGCUACAUUGCCUAGAACCAAUAGGCCUUGGUGUGUGGUAGGGGAUUUUAACAAUGUUCUCAAAAGCAAUGAAAGAAUUGGAGGUAGAAUGGUGGUGGCCCAGGAAUUUCAGGACCUCCAAGAUAUGAUGGACUUAUGUGGGCUAAGUGAGAUGGACAACACUGGUGACUACUACACUUGGCAUAACAAACAAGUGAAUGAUCCCAUCUACACUAGAAUUGAUAGAGUGGUUGGAAACUCUCUAUGGUUUCAAGUGAUUGAUAUGCAUUUGAGACACCUUCCCCCAAGUGUCUCAAAUCAUGUUAUACUGCAGCUCACAAAUCAACCUAGGAUGAGGCCUCAGAAAAACCACUUCAAGUUUAUUAACUGUGUCAUAGAGUUUGACGGGUUUCAGGAACUUGUGGCUGAAAGCUGGGCAACACCUAUUGCAGGGAAUCCUCCUUGUAUCCUGUGGAAAAAGCUGAAGAGACUCAUGAGGCCUUUAAGGAAUCUGAGUAGACCCCUAAAUGAUGUUAAAAGGACCAUUGUGGCUACUAGGAAGGAGAUGAAUGCCUUGCAACAGGAUAUAGGGAAUGAUCCAAUGAACAAAGAACUGUUGUUGAAAGUGAAAGAUAAAACUGUUGAGAUCUUACAUUGGAAUGAGAUUGAGGAAAAAGUUCUGAGGAAUGAUGGGACUGAGAUCACUGCUAAUGAUGAGAUUGAACAAGUGUUGCAGCAUUUUGGAGAUCUCAUGGGGAAUGAGGAUAGAACUCUGAACCAGAUUGACAUUAGAGUUAUGAGAGAGGGCCCUCAACUAUCUACUGCCCAGAGACAAUUACUUAUGCAGCCUAUAAGUGACAAGGAAAUCUUUGAAGCUCUUCAUGAUAUAGGGGAUGCUAAAGCCCCUGGCCUAGAUGGCACUUUGGUGACCCUCCUCCCCAAGAAAGCCAGUGCUAAGGAUCUCAAAGACUAUAGGCACAUAGCAUGUUGCACGGUUGUGUACAAAAUUUACUCUAAAGUCCUGACUACAAGAAUGGCUAGCAUUAUUGGAUCCAUCACCAGUCACAAUCAGGCUGCCUUCAUUCCAGGGAAACAAAUCCACUCUCACAUCUUGCUUGCUACUGAAUUGAUCAAGGGAUACACAAGGAAGCAAGGUACUCCAAGAUGCCUUUUUCAACUUGAUCUCCAAAAAGCAUAUGAUAUGCUUAAUUGGAAAGCUCUUGAAACCAUUCUGCUAGAACUUAAUAUACCUGAGAUUUUUGUCCAUUGGAUCAUGCAAGGAGUUUCCACUGUGUCCUACAGAUUUAGCAUAAAUGGUAGUAACUCAAAGCUUAUGCAGGCCAAAAAGAGGUGUUAG